AUGACAAGGCAUAUCUGGAGAGAAGCAGAUGCCGGUGUAGAGCUGUGGGAGCCGGAAGUCGCAGCCACGACACCUCUAGCACCGCAAGAGCCGCAUGACCCGAAGCAGUUGCAGUCUGUAACCGAAGCUGACAUCCAAGUGUCCCUAACAAGCAACUACGAUGACAGCGAACAAGACUCGGUGCUUCCUUCGAUCGAGGGUGUUUUCGAGCCACCUGGAUAUAUCAAGAGCGAGCCUGGCGAAGACAUCAGCGCAGUUGUGUCGUCAACGGUCGGUACCUCCGCUUCGGACAUAUCCAAGCAGCGUUGUUCUUCGUACGAUUCUCAGGCUACACUUCCAGUAUCAACGCCCUGCCCGUCGGACGAAGAAAGAGAUUUGCCUGUUGUACUUCGCAGUCCUGCUAGGGCGAGCUAUCAAUUCGACGCCGUUGAUACUGCACCGACGCCAUCAGUACGACGCACGCUGGACUUCGGCAUGGUCACUCAACGGAGCAGGCUUCCCAGCUCAUCGGGGCUUAUUGAAUUCACCAAUGAAGAGCUUCGCCAAUGCGAACGAAGACCCAAUCACUCAUGGGACGAGGGCGAACACAAACUAUUGGCUAUCCUGUAUCGGUGGUAUGAUGAUACAGACAGAUCUAUCAUCCCACGAGUCUUCAACGCCAUCACCGGCCAGGAUCUUGAUAACAACAAAUUGCGUAACCGAUAUUACACCUAUAUCAUUCUCUUUGGCCGUGAGGCGUUGCCGGAGUUUGAUGAAGUCUUGAAUGUGCCUUUCUCCGACCCCGAAAACUGGUUUGACGAAAUUCACAAGAUCAUCAGAGUAAGAGCUGCAGAGAUCGGCGUUGAGAUGAUAUGGCGCGAAUGUGAGGAGGAACACGAGCUUGGCAGAGCCCGAUUUGCAAAAUCUCCAAAGAUCAGGAGGUACUACAAGCACCUGGUGAGAAGCGCAAGAAGAAGCAAAGAAGAGAGGUCUCGGGCCGCCAAUACGCCACCGGUUGAAGAUCUGCCACUGUGGGGUCUGCAGCUCGGGGGAACGCCAAUGGUAGAGCAAGAUGUUGAAGAAAGCUGGUCAGACAUCGAUGAUGACGGCCAUGCAACCCCCAUAACGCCUACCCCUCGGAGCCCACGGGCUCCUGGCACACAACAUAUCGGCUUCCGCGUGUGGGAUGCCAACAGCCGGACCAAAUUCGACGUGGAGAAUGGCUUUGUGAGUGAAACGUUCGCGUCUGAGGCCUUUUCAUUAUGGCCAGAAGAACUUCUGGCGCCUUUUUCACCUGACGAAGAACAAGGUUUACGCAUCACCUUGCGUCUGGCUCAUUCGCAUCUAUCGAUGCGUGGUGGUGCAUCCUCAUACGUCUCGGUAUCUACAAGUCUCCUGCAGGCACUUGUCAAGGCCGCAAACAUGCAAGACCCCAGGAUUGCUGUUGAACGUAUGGUUUAUGCCUGGCUACCGAACGCAGCUAUUCUUUCCCACUUCCCAAUCUCCGAUCUUCGUGUUCUUUCAGACUACGAGAAAGCAUGUGACGAUAUGCUCAAUCUCGACGAUAUACGAUCAGGUCGCUCAACCCCAUCCGUCUCUUCGCUGUUACGCAAGAAAAACACUGUCAUCAACAUUCGCAUAGCACGAGCUAUGGGUCUGGUCUGCCGGACAUUCAAGAUGCAUCGCAGCGGCGUGAGCCUCUCGCACAUCCAAGGACUCGUAUCUUCCCUAAUCGACUCGUUUCAGUUGAAGCAGGACGCAAGCAACACCCCCUACACGUCCAUGUCAAUUGCCAAAGCGUUCGCUGUUUCCCUCCGAUCACGAGUGCAUCAUUCCCAGGACGUUGAGAUCGCUUUUGCGGAUGGCGUCAAGCAAGGAACCGCCACCAUCGCGUUAGUAUUGCCCCUAUGGGAACUGUCGUCGAAGAAAGACAAGCUGAGACACUCAACGGCUUUUAUGCGCCAUCAACAGAACCACUAG